CGUUAUUCACCAGUAUAUUUCUGUAGAGAUACUGGUAUAUAAAAGAGCUAAAAAUAACACACAGUACAGAGUUCUAUUCAAUACAAUCAAUAACCAGCCAGCCAGUAGUUGAUAUUAAAGCAGAUAAUUUAUUCAACAGCAUCACAUCAACUUGAGAUAUAGACCAGCAGAUAUAUAUCAUAUUGAGGAAAAUAAAAGAAUUAGAAGCAGAGAAAAUUUCCUCACAAUGUCAGGAUUUUUACAAUGGAUCGGUAUAGGCCUUGUGUGUCUUACUAUAGAGUAUGGCAUAUGUACUGAAAUUGAUGGUGUAUUGUAUGAAUCUUUACGCUUUAUGGACAAUACUGAUGCCUGGGUUCCAUGUGAAUAUACCUUAAACACUACUGGACUGCCUGACAAUGUCACCGAUGAUACACUUGUCCGAAUAUAUACACAGAAGAUAGAUGACACUUACGUUGAUUUGGUAGCAAAUGAGAAGUUCCACUUUAAUGAAACUGGUUUGAUGAUAAAUAACAUCCAAAUUGAUGAUGUCACUAAGUAUGCGUGUGAAGUUAAACUGGGGAACGAAACCUUGAAGAAAAUAGUCACAUUUGUUAAGGUUGUUUUGGCAAAAUGUAGCUUCAAUGAAGACUUUUGUGACUUUGGGAAUAUUGGUUCAGCAAAAUGGUUGAGACGUUCGACCCCUACGCCUACUAAUAACACAGGACCCGAUGAGAAUGCUUUGAAACUUCACGUGGGUCUUGAUGGUAUGAUAGAUCCAAGGGGUUCAUUCAUUUAUCUUGAGGCUGACAAUGUUUCCAGCUCACAAGAGCUCAUCCUCAGGACUCCUAACCUAACUCUAGAGGCAAGAUGCAUGGAAAUACAUAUAGAUUAUUCAUAUUUUAUGUAUGGUGCUACUAUGGGUUCCCUAGCAUUAUAUGGUGUCAUGGACAAUGGAACAAAAUAUGAAAUUAAAAAAGAAAUAGGCGAUCAUCCCGCAAAUUGGCACUCAUUCGGUAAGAACUUUCUUCCUGGAUCGGCACCUAUGGCCUUUGAAUUUAUUGCCAAACGUGGCCCUGGAGUAGAAUCAGAUGUUGUGUUGGACGAUGUUUCCAUAACAGUUAUAGACGAGUUGAAAAGUAACAGAGAAUGUGAUCUUAUGAAGGAGGAAAUGACAACAACAGAUCCCAAUGGAAACAACACAGGAGGUGCAUCAAUCCCAGCAAUUUUUAGUAUAACAUUAUCUUUGAUAGCUACCAUAGCAAUCACUUUGAAUUGGUAAAAUGGCAUCUUUAAAGUUUCACACUAAAUUCUACAUUUAGUUCAUUACAUAUUUUUACAUUAUUUGACCAAUCACUCUUUUUAAGAAACGAGACUUUUUGAGUCUAAAUGUUUUAAUAAAACAGGUUUCCAAAACAAAACUCGUUGCCUCCUAAAUAUCAAGUACCUACUGACUAAACAAAAUUGCUGAAAAUGUAGAAUUUUGUGUGAAAUGUAAGAUGACACUGAAAGCUAAAUUUAGACACUUAUUUGCAAAUAACAUGUUUGCGAUAUACAUAAUUUUACUUCUGAAUAUACAAGCACUAACUUUCAAUACUGAACCUUGUGUAUGUUAGCAAGAGAAAAGGAU